AUCAUCUUCUUGUUCUCACUCCCUCCCACUAGUUUGCUACUCCCAUAGUCAAAGCAACCCCCACUACUUUCCCUUAUCUUUCUCUCUGCUCCCCUCUUUUACAUUCAACACUAAUGUUAUAAUCUAGUAACACAAAAAGCUUUACUUCAAGUACAUCAAUGUCUUCUUUCAUUUGUCCACAUUACUUUCCUUCCAUUUGCAGCUCAAAACAUGCUCUCACGAACAACCCAACUACCCUUUUCCAAGUGGGUUUACCCAAUUUUCGCCGAAAAUCUCAGUUCACGCGCUUGAGUCCUCGAUGUCUCUUCGAAAUUCCUCGUCAAGUUGACCCCCUUGAUGAAAAAAAAAAGAGGUCAUUUUCAAUGAAAGAAUGCACGAUUUCGAUAGCAUUAGCAGUUGGGUUGAUAGUUGGCGCGCCUGCUUUGAAUUGGCAAAGCGAGGCACAAGCAUUUACUACUCCUACACUGCCAGAUUUAGCAGUGUUAAUAUCUGGUCCACCAAUCAAGGAUCCAGAAGCUCUGUUGAGAUAUGGAUUGCCCAUCAACAAUAAGGCCAUUAGAGAAGUUCAGAAACCGCUGGAAGACAUUACGGAGAGCCUUAAGGUUGCGGGGGUCAAAGCUCUUGACUCAGUUGAGCGAAACCUGAAGCAGGCAUCUCGUGCAUUCAAGAAUGGCAAGACUGUAAUUGUUUCGGGGCUGGCUGAAUCAAAGAAGGAACACGGUAUGGAGUUUCUUGCCAAGCUCGAAACUGGAAUGGAUGAACUUCAACAAAUUGUCGAGGACAGGAAUAGAAACGGGGUAGCUGCAAAACAAAGAGAAUUGCUUCGAUAUGUUGGCAGUGUUGAAGAGGACAUGGUGGAUGGCUUCCCCUAUGAAGUGCCAGAAGAAUACCAAAGUAUGCCGCUCCUGAAGGGAAGAGCAGUCGUUGAGAUGAAAGUCAAGGUGAAGGACAACCCAAAUCUUGAGGAUUGUCUUUUUCGCAUUGUGCUUGAUGGUUAUAACGCCCCGGUAACUGCUGGAAAUUUUGUGGAUUUGGUGAAACGACACUUUUAUGAUGGCAUGGAGAUCCAAAGAGCCGAUGGCUUUGUUGUUCAAACUGGAGACCCUGAAGGUCCUGCUGAGGGCUUUAUUGAUCCCAGUACAGAAAAGCCUCGAACAAUCCCAUUGGAAAUCAUGGUGGAGGGGGAAAAGGUUCCGUUCUAUGGUGCAACUUUAGAGGAACUUGGUUUAUACAAGGCUCAGACAAAACUCCCGUUUAAUGCCUUUGGUACAAUGGCCAUGGCCAGAGAGGAAUUUGAGAACAAUUCAGGUUCAAGUCAAAUAUUUUGGUUGUUGAAAGAAAGUGAACUGACCCCAAGUAAUGCGAAUAUAUUAGAUGGUCGUUAUUCUGUGUUUGGCUAUGUAACUGAAAAUGAAGAUUAUUUAGCAGAUCUCAAGGUCGGUGAUGUUAUAGAAUCAAUGCAAGUGGUCUCUGGCGUUGAGAAUCUUGUAAAUCCAAGCUACAAAAUUGCGGGCUAGGUUCUCGCUAUUCUUGAUAAUUGUUUUGCUGUAUGGGAACACAUUUGUUACAAAUAAGUUGGACCAAUUUUUGACGUUUUUAUUAGCUUCGACGGGGUGUGAAUUGAGUCUUCUUUGUAGGAGAAAUACAACAUUCCAUUUGUACA